AUGACAAUCCAUACUCCAAAUCCCGCGCAAAAUAUCUACAAUGCUCCCACACAACCCGCAUACGCACUUCAGAGUGGCAAUCGCAAUCGCACGAUCCCUAUCCCAUUGGAUCAGGCACAAGGUUCAGUUCAUGGAUCUGCAGAUAUGGGAGGUGCAGUAGGAACACAGUUGGGAAGUGCUCAGAAUGUUAAUGUUAGUGGUAGUGGAGGGGUUGUGGCGAGUGCGCGGGCAGCCUCGGGACAGAGUGCUGCGAGGGCGGCUAUUCAGGGUCGGAAUCUAAAAAAGGGGUGUGGAAAUAGGGGUGGGAGUGGAGGUGGAACUUCUCGGAAUGUGAGUGCGGGAUUGGGAAUGUAUGCUCAGGCUCAACCUCAAGCUCAAGGUCAAGCUCAAAAUUUACAUACUCCAGUUAAUUAUGUGCAUCCUUAUGUUCAUCCGCAAGCUCAUCAUCUUCAAGCUCAUCAUCCGCAAGCUCACAAUCCACAUCCCCAUAACCCAAUGAACCACAUCCAACCUCUUGUCGGAGGAGUGUUCGGUCCACACACUCCCCACAUUCCUCGCGCAGGACGUGUAUUACCUCCACUCGGUCCCUACAUCCCUCGCACAGGAGGUGCACGUUUUCCUACGAGAAACCUCGGGGGCAAUAGACCAGCUUAUGGACCACUACAACCACUACCGGGCUUACCAGUUCCAUUUGGGUAUCCUCAGGUUGGAAAUGAAAAUGCAAGACGAAUGGGAUUUGGAAAUGGGGGUAUGAAUGUGAUUGUGAAUGGGUGGGAUAGUAGAUGGGAUGGGAGUGGUGGCGAUAGGGGACGAGGAGCUGGUCCAAGAGGUGGUAGAGGUAGAAGAAGAAGAUAG